AUGUACGCUGGAGUUGGCGAUGAUAAUUUCUUCAGAGUCAAUUUGAACUGGUUUAUCACGACACGUAAGUGGGCUCAGUUCACAACCGCCGCUGCAGUCGGAGCCAUCCAUGUUGGCCACCUAGAAGACGCUCUAAAAGUUCUGACAUCUUUUUUGGUCAAAGAAGCUCCCGAACAUGUCACAGGCGGUGCCAUUUAUGCUCUUGGCCUCAUCUAUGUCAACUACAGAUGGGACAAAGCCAUUCUCAACAUUGUUACAGAGAAAUUAGAAUCAUCCUCUCAGAAAACAUCGUACGAUCAGACCAACAAGCCUCUAUAUGUCAUCCAGCAUGGUGCAUGUCUUGCUCUUGGCCUCAUCUCCCUCGGCAGCCGCGAUACUUCUCAUUAUAAUUUAUUAUUAAAAGUUAUAAGGGAAGAUCAUCCCGAACCAGGUGAAGCUGCCGGAUACGCUCUUGGCAUGGUCAUGCUCGGCAGUGGCAGCCAGGAAACCAUUGACGAGAUGAUCAGAAUCUGCGAAAACACCGAACACGAGAAAAUCAUGCGAGGCAUUGCGAUGGGCCUUGGAUUUGUCCUCUACGGAUGCGGCGCCAGAGCAAACGACACUAUCCAGCGAAUGCUCGACAGCAGGCAGCCUCUCAUGCGCGAAGGAGCUGCAUGGAUCAUCGCACUCGCAAACAUAGGAAAUGCUUCAAAUGACGCUUUGCAAAAACUUCUUAAUAUCGCUGUGAGUGAUGUAAACGAUAAUGUUAGAAGAGCGGCUGUCAUUGGCAUUGGAUUUGUUUUGUCUCGUCGUCCAAAGGAAGUUCCCUCAAUGAUCAACCUCUUGGCGCAGAGCUACCACGCACACGUGAGGGCAGGAGCGGCACUUGCAAUCGGAAUUUCAUGCGCUGGAACAGGAAAUUCAGAGGCAAUUGAAGUGUUGAAACCGCUUUUGAACGAUAACGAAGAUGCUGUUACACAGAAUGCUAUGAUAGCCAUGGCCAUGGUCUUGAUGCAGCAGAGUGAUGCGAGAGUCCCGUACGUCAAGGAGUUCAGGACAUUCUUGAGACAGAUGACAUCGAGAAGGCGCCAGGAAAUGCUUAUUUUCGGUACUUGCUGCGCUUGGGGAAUUUUAAACGCUGGAGGAAGAAAUGUUGUCAUUUCUUGCAACUCAUUGCGUGGUGAGAACUCUGUAUCUGCAACAGUGGGUCUUGCAAUGUUCUGCAACCACUUCUUCUGGCAUCCACUAGCUCUAAUGCUGCCUCUUUCAUUCCAUCCAACUUCAAUAAUCGGUUUGGAUGAAAAUUUGAAUGUUGUAAACUGGAGAAUGAGGUGUAAUGCUCCUAAAGCUGAUUUCGACUACCCACCUGACUUCCAGGAGGAGUCGAAGAAGCAAAUGGCAAUGCCUGUGAAGCUAUCAAUUUCUGGGCAACAGACUCAACAACAACAACAGUUUUUCGAUGAAUCAGAUUCUGAUAAAAGUGACGAAAAAAGUGACGAAGAAGGAGACAAGAACUGCCAGAUCAUCGAGAAUAUGAGUAGAGUAACACUGUCACAGCUCCCGUAUAUCGAUAUAGAAUACGAAAAGAGCUAUACACCAAUAAUUGGCCAUGUGACUCAUGGAUUUAUCAUGUUAAAGAAGAAUACUAAAUAA